AAAUUUUGCAAAAUAUGCAGAAUAAAUGGGAACAUAUGUAAGUAAGUGUUAUUUGUUUAUUUAAGGGGAACAUGAUACCAGUAGGUAACAAAUUGAGUUUGUGUUAUAAGAGUGAUAAUCAAGCAUUGUAAAUGAAACGGAAACAUUCAUAAUACUGUGAAGCAAAGUAAGAGAAUUUGAAAUGAAUUAAAAAAACUGGAGACAUAUGAGGCAGCUUGACAUGAGACUAAUCAGUGUUCAAGCCAUUGAGAUGCUUUAUUAGUUAAUCACGUUAGGGCUAUGGUAGAGGAGAUUUAACAAACUGACAAGGCUUCUGCAACAUACAGUAAGUAGGUGGAGACGUAAACGUUUCUCAAGGUUUGGUUGGAUCUUGUGACUACUAUUGGAUGAGGUAUUCGAGGCUGAAUGUCCAGUAUCGACCAAAAAAUGUAUGCAAAAUAGAUGAGUUCAUUGAUCUUCUUUCCGCCUCAUUCAACAACUAUAUGAAGAUGCCACAUGCCAAGUAAUUCACAAUGGGAAGCUCAGUGAUGCUUUUGAAGUGAAGACAGGAGUGAAACAAGGUUGCCUACUAUCCCCCAUGAUAUUCCUGAUUGUGGUGGACUGGAUCAUGCAGCAAACAGUAGGCAGCGAGAAGAGGGGGAUACACUGGACUGCGGAAAAGAACCUAGAGGACUUGGAUUUCGCCGAUGACUUAUGCCUAAUGUCACAUAAACUUGAAGAUCUGCAGGCAAAAACUAACAAGUUGACAGAAGAGGCAGCCAAGACGGGACUUCAGGUGAAUAUAGAGAAGACAGAAGUGAUGAAGAUACCGCACCACCACCAUCAACAACAACAACAACAAACUCCAAUCACCGUCAACGGGAGAAACUUAAAGGAAGUAACCUCCUUCACUUAUCUAGGAAGCACUGUUUCAACCACAGGCUGGACGGACGAGGAUGUCAAAGUGAGAAUCGGAAAAGCAAGACAGGCGUUCAUUAGCCUGAAACCAGUGUUGAGAUCUUCUGCACUCAGCAUGCGGAGCAAGAUACGGAUUUUCAACACCAACGUCAAGUCAGUGCUUCUGUAUGGUUCAGAGACUUGGCGCGUCACGAAAGGGAUUUCCAAUAAACUACAGACAUUCAUCAACAACUGCCUACGCUCGCUACUGAAGAUCAGAUGGCCAGAAAGAAUAAGCAACAAGGAGCUCUGGGAACGAACCAACCAAGAACCUAUCAGUCAACAAAUAUGCAGGAGGAAGUGGAGAUGGAUUGGCCAUGCACUGAGAAGGCUGACUGAGGACAUCACGCGUCAGGCCUUCCAGUGGAAUCCCCAUGGGAAGCGACGAGUUGGACGUCCGAGGUGAGGGUGACAUGGAGGAGAUCGUGCGAGGAGGAAAUGAGAGCUUCUGGGCUGUCGUGGAACCAGGUUCAAGAGAUCUCAGAGAACAGAGGUCACUGGAGACGUGCUACUGAAGCCCUAUGUUCCACUAGGAACCCAA